UUAACAUGAAGGUGUCAUGUGGGUUAGGUGCUUUGGUGGCUUUAGCAGUUUUAGGCUCUACCAUCGCAUCAGUUAACGGGUUGCGUCGAGGCUGCGGUGUGCGCAAAGUGCAUUACAACAAUCUCAUACUUGGUGGACAGAAAGCACCGGCCGGAAAAUGGCCUUGGCAUGCAAUCAUAGUGCAUCGGUUGAGAGAUACCGUGGAGGCCGUUUGCGGAGGUUCAGUCAUCGAUAAGUACACUAUUCUCACUGCGGCUCACUGUCUUUACACCACCCACGGAGUGAUUGCAGUAAAAAGGCUUCAGGUGUACGUUGGCCGAACGCAACUAUCCGUCAUAGACGACCGGAGCAGAUCGUACUCAGCCGAGCGGUUCAUUGUUCAUACUGGCUACAGCCAGCUGCACGUGCGGGAUGAUAUUGCGCUGAUUAAAGUGACGAAAGAAAUCGACAUGAGUGCCUUCAUUCAGCCGGUGUGCUUGUGGCCGUCGGAACCAAUUUCCGGCCCGGAUAUUGUUGGACGGCGUGGUGCUGUCGUCGGGUUUGGAUUAACCGAUGCCGAUAAGCCGUCCGAUGUUAUGCUGGACGCGGAAGUACCGGUCGUAGAUCUGUGGAGCUGUUUGGAGAGCAACCGUGGCGCGUUCGGGAAGCAUCUUGCCCGCACAAUGCUCUGUGCCGGUGGACGCGAUGGUGUUGGGCCAUGCAAUGGUGACAGCGGAGGAGGAUUGUUCCUUGAGAUCGGAGGCGUGUGGUACGUCCGUGGCAUUGUAUCAUUUGCUCCCAACUUGGACGGUGUCCUGAAGUGUGAUUCUACCCAGUACACGGUGUACACGGAUGUGGCAAAGUAUUUAGACUGGAUAGCGGAGGCCGACGGGAAUGGUACACUGGUAAGUCCGAUGCGAAAAAAGAAUAAACCAACCACGGAGCAUCAGGGCAUGAUAAACUCCGCUGGGUGUGGAAAAGAAUCGGCUCAGAUCGUCCGAGAGCGAACGGAUACGAACAGUUUCAUCUUUCCUUGGGCUACUACGAUCGAGUUUGUCGGUAUCGACUAUAGGCGACAGAAUGAGUGCCUUGCCUAUUUGAUUACCGAGUGGCAUCUACUAACAUCGGCCACGUGCGUACAAGAAGUGCAGGAAAACGAGCAAGAGAUUUUUGUACGACUUGGAGGCUUUAACAGGUCAGAAUUGCAACAGAAACAACAGAUCCGUUACGUGGAGAAAGUGAUCGUGCACAGCAAAUACAGUAAACAGGAACAUCAGAAUGACAUAGCUAUCUUAAAACUACGUAAAAAGGCCGUCCUAUACGAGGGCAUUGUGAAUCCAAUAUGCUUACCGCAUGGACCUCUUAUUCACAAUGAUACGGUACUGCCCUUAUUUGGAAGAAAAAAGUUCUUUACAAACCUGGAACAUUGGAAAGUUCGUGUAGUGGACAAUGAGUUUUGUCACAAGAAGGUUGUUCUUCCUACAAAAGAGGCAUUUUCAAUAGAUGGUAGUGUUAUUUGUGUGCAAUUAGUGGAGCCUGAAAAGAGUCGCAAUGCCCUAACAAGGCUUCCAGCGCUGGUGGACAAGAGUAAAGAAAAUGGUGCAAACUUAUUGAUAGGUUUUCUGUUAAACGAAUCGUUGGAAUUUUCGAACAACGAAACGUUCCUAGAGUUUGUAAAUGUGGCUCAUUAUUAUGAUUGGAUAGUUCAUAAUUUGUAACAAGAACAAUACAGCGUCUUAGUGCGGGAUUUGAUUAAAACAGAGUUAACGUGUUUCCCAGCAUAGCAUUUAAUUUGUUUUUUCCUAAAACAAACUAUUGCUCCCAAUUACCUGCGCAAUCAACUUCAAGCUGAAUCGAUCAGAAAUUAACACAAUGACCGAACCGUACCACACCAGACGGCAUACGGCAUUGAGUGUAGUUUUACCGCUCACAGUUGUUAUCAUGAUUAAUUGCUCUAAUUUCGAUUUACCCGGUAGCUUUUGAGUAGGCAGGGUAGCACUUCGAUGCCUUUUUGCUGCAUAAUUAAUGACAAUAUCGAACAAAUAACACACAUGCACUUGCCCGCAGUUGCAGGGGUUUGAUAACACUGUGCACACACUGUGCCCGCCGUUGAUAGGAAUAUUUGCUCCGCAAACGCUGGAAGGCCUCCCGGCGAUGGAUCACUUAAUUAAGGAAAAUAUGAUUGUAGCGCCCCUCUCCAAUUAUAACCGAGUGGAUCGACACGUCAUACAUACACAAGGGGUCCUCCACCGUGCCUCCAGUGCUCGGCAAAUAUAUCCAGUGACUCUCAAAACUCAAAACGAUUGGAAUUGAAAUUUGCCAUCAUAGUCCUCUCCUCUGCCACAAUUAUUGAUUCGGAAGAGGAUUGUUGAUUACCGAGCGGCCUCGUGCACUCCCACACACACACACACUCCCACA